AUGUCGGAAUCCCAACCCGAGACCACCGAAAAACCUAUACCACUCAACGAUCUAGAAAGUAGCAAAGCUACAGCAACGGAAGGGACUACCGAGACAGCUCCAGGAACAUCUAUUCCGGUCAAUGCUACUGAAAAUAGCAAAACUGCAGCUACUGAAGAGACUAUUGAAACUCUAGAUGAGAAAACACCUGCAGCGGACGAUCAUACAGGGGAUAUCAACGCUCCAGCUACUACGAAGACUAUCGUGACUCCGGUACCAAAUACACUUGUAUCAAUCAACGAUUUUGCAGAUAGUAAGGCUGCAGCUACUGGUGAAACCAUCGAGAUACCGCCUCCGAUAGCAUCUAGACCCGGUGAUGACAUCGAAAGCAACAAGGCUGCCACGAACCCUGAAGAUGACGAGAAACCAGUGCCGUGGCCGAUCCCUCAAUGGGUCAAGACAUCUGUCAACGUCUUUGCAGCAGGAUUUUUGAGCGUUUUUGCCUUUCUCUUUUCAGAGCGUUCAGGCGGUCGAGGAUUUAUGCUAUGGUUAUUCUGUGGGCUUCUAUUGAUUCCACAUGGUUUCCUGGUUUACAGAUGGCCUCACGGAGACUAUGGAAUUGGUGUUCUGAACAGCCACUUUUUCUGCGGGGCUCAUGGAGAAGGUUUCAUGAUCUUUUUAAUUCAGUUACCUAUCAAUGUUAUGGCCUCGCUGAUAGUCUAUGCUGCUGGCUAUGUACGAUGGAAAGCAUGGUGGCCGUUGAAAGUGGUGCUUUUCCUGCUUUCAAUUCCUGCUCAUCUGCUGUACAAUAGUAUAUUCUUUCACAGCGCGCCUGCACGAGACUCUUACGAAAUUCUGGUCUCGUACGACUUCUUACAUGGAGGAGCACCGUUUGACUUGGCAACAGUCCCUCUACGCCAGUCAAGUGGCAAAUCAGACGCUCUCGGCGGAGACUACCACAUGAUGCUUCCUGGACUUCAGAAUCUGAGCGAUACAAUCACACAAGUCCAGCAAGCGGCCAUGCAAGGCCAUGUGUUACCGGGAUGGAGCAACAAGACAAUCAAGAAAUGUACUGAGAGAUACGAGAGCGGAACAUAUGAUCAAUUCUCAAACGUGAUCAUCGUUUCGAAUUGGACUGCACCGCAAAAUCAAAACAACUCUGUCUUGGAUCUCACAAUCCUCUCUGGCUACGCAGGCCCAAAGCAUCAAACAUGGCAGGCACUCGCAUCACUCUGUCCUGACAGCUUCUUCGAGAUCAAUAACCUGACCGAGCCCAAGACUUGGAAGAAUAUCGACGGCAACGCACCUGAGGGCGCUUGCGACCCUUACGUGCCUAAGAAAUGGAACACCAAGGAGAAAAACUUAUUCAUUAAAUACUGCCUCAGCGAAGAACCCAAAGAAGUCUGCAGACUUUUGUACAGCCCUCUCGUCCUCAAACUUUGCUUCUGGUUUCUGGUUGCUAUUGUGGGGGCCAUGGGGCUCGGGCUUCUGUUAGGACUUUUUGGUGUGGAAGAGGAAUAUGCGCCUCAGCCGGAGACAGGGGUGAUCGUGCUCGCGUUCGCUACGGUUUGUGUGUCGUUCUUCGUUAUGGUCAUUGUUACGGCAUAUUCGAGAGCUGCUCAUUGGCACCCGGCAGGUAAAAGUGACCAAGCAUGGAUUCUAAGGGCCUUCUGCGUCGUCAACGUCGUCCAACUAAUCGACACAAUUUGCGAUGCAAUCAUCGUCCCUUGGGGUACCUCUCCAUGGUACACACUUCUAAGUAUAGUCUGGCACUGGUUCCUCUCGGGAACAUUCAGCUUGAAACUCAGCGACCGAUAUCUCAUCACCAACACUCCGCCGGGCUACGAUGUCGUUCCAUAUUCGGACCUUUCGUCGCUCUGGUUCAAGUGGCUAUUUGUUACUGUUAUCAAGCUUGUGUGGACUGAUCUUUUCUCGCUGCUGUUUGUCUUGUUCUUGUUUGGGUUGCCUUUUGCUGCUAGGCUUUUUGCUCAGCAGGCUAUUUUGGAGGAGGACUUUGACGGCUGGGGAGAUUAG